AUGCCAAUCUACGAAUACCAUUGCCCAACCUGCAGCAACAAGUUCGAGAAACUUCAGUCCAUGAGCGCUACGGGUGCCGACUGCCCCCAGUGUGAACAGCCGGCCAAGCGAGCCCUGUCGGUAUUUGCCUCCAUCAGCAGCGGCGAGUCCUCCGGCAGUGGCGAGUUCAGCCAGAUGCCGGUUCCGCCCAUGCGUGGUGGCGGUUGCUGUGGCGGCGGCUGUUUCCACUAG